AGUUUGAGACAUCGUAUUUGUGAGUUAAAUAUUGCAUCAGAAUCCGACCAAUUAACUGUAUGACUAACAAAUAUUCCCUGUGGUUUUGCACGUAAGGAUCGAUAUGGAAAGUCUUGAAUCUUUCUUUCUCCAAUAAUCGGUGCCAAAAGUAUGAAUGUGAACUUCUUUUUUGCGAGAAGGACAUGAAGAAUAUCUUAGACCUGAAUUAUUGUCCAAAAGAGGCAAUUCCUUGGAUUCAGGCAAGUAAUUAAUUUUGCCUGUUUUUUGCUGCGGGUUCGGAUUUGGGUGAAAAACUCAACGGGUGUGGGUGUGAGUUUUGUUUUGCCACAAAAACAGCUUUUGAGUUUGUGUUCGGGUGAUGGUUUCGGAUGCGGGUUUGAGAAGUGUAAAAUCCGCAACCGAUCCUACCCGUCGUCAUCCCUUAAUUGGAAAGACCUAAUAAAAGAGGGCAUUUUCAUUCAUAAACUAAACAGAAAGAUUAUUUUGAUUAAAAAGUUUUCAUGUGAUUGGGUGAAUGAUAAAAAUUGUAGUUUUCUUUUACUUCUUUCACCGUAUGUAUGGAAAGAUUUGUAAAAUGAAGAAAUUCAAAGUAACAUAACAUGAUGCGAUUGUCGUGUUAUUCAGUGAAUCAUAUUAUUACCUUAUCAUCACCAUCACUCCUCCGCCGCCGAUUACGUGCCUCUCUCUCCGUCGCCGGCGAGUCAACCAUGGCGACCACUAACUCACUCCGAGUUGCCGCCGCUCAAAUGACAUCCAUCAACGAUCUCGCUUCCAAUUUCACCACAUGCUCUCGUCUUGUCAAAGAAGCUGCAUCUGCUGGAGCAAAAUUGCUUUGCUUUCCUGAAGCAUUCUCUUUUGUCGGUGCUAAGGAUGGUGACAGUGUUAGAAUUGCACAACCUUUGGAUGGACCAAUUAUGGACCAAUACUGCUCUUUAGCCAGAGAAUCUAGCAUUUGGUUGUCACUUGGAGGCUUCCAAGAAAAAGGAUCUGAUCCACAACACUUGUUUAAUACACAUGUUGUUGUAGAUGACACUGGAAAAAUUCGAAGCACUUACAGAAAAAUUCACCUGUUUGAUGUAGAUGUUCCUGGUGGAAGGGUAUAUAAAGAAAGUAGUUUUACAGAAUCAGGCAAGGAUGUUGUUGCAGUGGACAGUCCUAUUGGGCGUUUGGGCCUUAGUGUUUGCUAUGAUUUGAGAUUUCCAGAAAUUUACCAGCUGCUACGUUUCCAACAUGGAGCACAGAUACUAUUGGUGCCCGCAGCAUUCACUAAAGUGACUGGUGAAGCACAUUGGGAGAUUCUUCUUCGUGCUCGUGCAAUCGAGAAUCAAUGCUAUGUCAUAGCUUCUGCGCAAGCUGGAAUACACAAUGACAAAAGAGAAAGCUAUGGUGAUACAUUAAUUAUCGAUCCAUGGGGGACCAUUGUUGGUCGCUUACCAGAUCGUUUGGCUACAGGAAUUGUGGUAGCUGAUAUUGAUUUAUCAUUAGUUGAUUCAGUAAGAGAAAAGAUGCCUGUUGCUAAGCAAAGGAAGCCAUUUGACUUUUGGAGAGCUGCAUCUCUAUAGUACUUAUUUUUGGAUCAAUAGUCACAAAAGGGUACAAUAUUUAAAUUGGGACUUGUAUGUACCAAAAUAAAAAUAUAGGAUACCCUCAUUUGAUUUUACAAUGUUGGUUGUAUAUUUAUUAUAAAUUGUAAUGAUCAAGAUUAUUGCAGUUUGUGGAAAUAUGUACUGUCUUUUAUCUACAAGUUAAUUGUACAUGCACCUUGAUAAACAGAAUUGAACAACUGUGAAAAUGGGUGCUAAAAGUUACUGUGUAUCAUCUAAAGGAACGUGUUUGGCUGGUAAUUGAGUGUGAUCACUUAUACUUAUGAUGGAA